AAAGGUCCUUUGAAGGAGAGAAGUAGAAGAGAAGGGGUGAAAUUAAGUAUCCAUGGGAAGACCUCCUUGCUGUGACAAAGUUGGCAUCAAGAAAGGUCCAUGGACCCCUGAAGAAGAUAUCAUCCUAGUCUCUUACAUCCAAGAACAUGGUCCAGGAAACUGGAGAUCAGUUCCCAUAAACACUGGGUUGCUAAGAUGCAGCAAAAGUUGCAGACUCAGAUGGACUAAUUACCUCCGACCGGGAAUCAGGAGAGGAAACUUCACUCCUCAUGAAGAAGGAAUGAUCAUUCAUUUGCAAGCUUUAUUGGGAAACAAGUGGGCAGCAAUAGCAUCAUAUCUGCCACAAAGAACAGAUAAUGAUAUAAAGAAUUAUUGGAACACCCACUUGAAGAAGAAGCUGAAGAAAUUUCAGUCAGCUUUGGACCCCCACAUGGCACAGCAAGGCUCCACAACCUGCAGUGAGUUUGUGUUGAAAAGCUUCAAUGAGAGAAGGAGCACAACUUUUCCCAGCUGCCAAACAGAAUCAGCCCUGACAUUGAACCAUGGCGGCUCCACCUAUGCCUCAAGCACUGAAAACAUUGCCCGGUUACUUGAAGGCUGGAUGAGAUCAUCCCCAAAAUGCAGCACCAACAGUUCCUUGAUCAUCAAAGAAAAUUGGAACCCAAGCAGCAGCCUUGAUAAUAACAAUGAUGGCAGCAUUGGGAAUAACAGUUCAGCUGCUACGAGUUCCCUUCAGGGAUACAGGCCAAAAACAGAACAAGAUGGAGGAGGAGGAGCGUUGACCCCCAAUGAAGAAUUUGAGUCCAUUUUAUCAUUUGAUCAUCACAACAUAAACAGUACUAAUGUUGCAUGGGAAAAAUCAAGCUCUGAUUCUCCUUCAAGGGGCAAUUUCCAGGCUUUCUCUGCAGAUCACCUUCAUGAUCAGGGGAAAGUUAAUGCUGCAAUAGUGCUGGAGAGGAGGCAGAAAUUGGAUAACAAUAACAACCCUCCAUUGUCAUUUCUUGAGAAGUGGCUGUUGGAGGAGACUACUGAACAAGCAGAAGUGAUGAAUCAAAUGAUGGAACUGUCUUCAAUAUUCUCACGUUAAAUUAAUGUCUUCUUUGUUUUUCUACUUCCAAUCUAGAUUGGGAAAAGGAAAAAAAGGAGGAGAGGGGGUUUGGGUACAUCUCAAGGGUUAAUUCUCUCAAUUGGGAUCUCUUUCCAAAUUGUAAUUAUCCCUUAUUAGUGUUUAUGUUCCAGUAGUUUUAGUUGCUCUAUAUUGUCAUUAGUUUGUAUGAACUUUUAGUUUUCAGUAAAAGUAGCUGAUUAAU